AUGAGUUGCCAACCUUUUACUUCGACUGAUACCUUUAUACCUCUGAAUUCUGAGUCUUCUGCAACUCUGCCUCUGAUAAUGCAUCCCAGUGCUGCGGAGUGCCUACCGGUCUCCAACCACGCCACCAACGUGAUGUCCACAGUCCCGUCUAUUUUGUCUUUGAUCCAAACUCCUAAAUGUCUGUGCACAUGUUUUGUGGUGACAACAUUGGGAAACACAGCGACAGGACUUCAUUAUUCUGUUCCUUCCUGUCAUUAUGGAAACCAGUCAUCGACCUAUGGCGUGAUGGCAGGGAGCUUAACCCCUUGUCUUUAUAAGUUUCCUGACCACACGCUGAGUCAUGGGUUUCCUCCCGUGCAUCAGCCUCUCCUUUCAGAGGACCCCACUGCCGCUGAUUUCAAGCAGGAGAUCAGGAGGAAAAGCAAAUUGGUUGAAGAGCCAAUCGACAUGGAUUCUCCAGAAAUCCGAGAACUUGAGAAGUUUGCCAAUGAGUUUAAAGUGAGAAGAAUUAAGCUAGGAUACACCCAAACAAAUGUUGGGGAAGCUCUGGCAGCUGUGCAUGGCUCGGAAUUCAGUCAAACAACGAUCUGCCGAUUUGAAAACCUGCAGCUCAGCUUCAAAAAUGCAUGCAAACUAAAAGCGAUAUUAUCCAAAUGGCUGGAGGAAGCCGAGCAAGUAGGAGCUUUAUACAAUGAGAAAGUUGGUGCAAAUGAAAGAAAAAGGAAACGGAGAACAACUAUCAGUAUUGCAGCUAAAGACGCCCUGGAGAGACACUUUGGAGAACAGAAUAAGCCUUCCUCUCAGGAGAUCCUGCGGAUGGCUGAAGAACUGAACCUGGAGAAAGAAGUGGUGAGGGUUUGGUUUUGUAACCGAAGGCAGAGAGAAAAACGGGUGAAAACAAGCCUGAAUCAGAGUUUAUUUACUAUUUCUAAGGAGCAUCUUGAAUGCAGAUAG